AGAAGAUUGAUGAUGUACGCUGAAUCAAGCAAGGAGCGUCUUUUCGUUCCUAUAAUUCGUAAGAUGACGCAUAGGAGGGUAAAGUACGUAUGUCUCUUCAUUUUGUUUAUUUUUAUUGUCUCGCUUUUUGUUAUAAAACAAAAAAAAUAACAAGGCUAGAAAUGAGCAUACCGAACGAACAGAAGGUUUUGCACUAUAUUGACAUAGAGAGCGACAAGGCGUUGAGCUAUGAGAACAGAAUAGAACAGAACAAAUAUUUUGCAUCGCUUAAGCCUACAUUACCGCUCAAGCCGAUCAAAAUGACACUGCAGACAACGGUAUUUUUGUAUAAGAGAGAAAAUCAUGCCGAUGAUAGCAAUGAGAGCAUGGAGAGGAUCAGGAAUUAUUCGAGUGAACGGGAGAUCAAUGAAAGCUAUGUUCGGCAGAAGUUUUUUGUGAUCAAGAGGGCGAUAAUUCGCAAGGACACGAACACACAGGAAGAUACGAUUUCGAUGCGGCUGCGGCACCCCAAUCUUCUGACAACUUACAAGACCUUCAGAACGGAGUUUAUUGACAGGAACAACGAGCAGCAGGACAUUGUGUGGCUGUAUUCGCAAUUUCUCAAGCACAGGAUAAGCCACAAGUACGUGGCCAUGGACGAGAACAUCAUCAGAAACAUACUGACAGACGUGUUGCACGGCCUUGAAUACAUGCACGAGCGUAAGAUAAUGCAUUUGGACAUAAAGAUCGCAAAUAUAAUGGGACAGACAGAGAACAACCGCAUUGUGUACAAACUCAUCGAUUUCGGGUAUGCGCGUGAUCUUAUGCUUAGCGAUAAAGGUUCUAAAAUGGAAGAGAUCAAGAUACCAAGCAAAAGCUAUGGUACGUUUCCCUACAAGCCACCGGAGGUAGUGUUUGAAAACGUUCACGGUCUAAAGAGUGAUAUAUGGUGUAUUGGUGCAGUUGCAUGGUUUUUAUCGCUCGGCCGAGUGCCAUUUUAUCACGACAACGGAGAGAAGAACACAGUGACUUACCGUAGGUUCAUAAAGGGCACCAAAAAGCACUUUUUCUAUCCAGAAACGUCCAAUGAGCUCAGAGACUUUGUUCUCGUGAGUAUGAAUAGAAGGCGUGCGAAUAGGCCGAGCGUGAAGGAAUUACUGAAGCACCCUUUCAUUCUGGGAACAAAGUUUGAUGAGAGUGAAAGCGAGCACGAUUCGGGAUAUGGAAGUGAUUCUGAUGUAGAAUCCUAUAAAGAUAAUAAUUUAUAA